AAACAAACAGGAUGUUGCGUCCGAGCUGAGAAGCUGCAGAUAGCUGACCAUGAAUAAAUGUACAUUAAAUCUAUACUAAAUCGAUGGAAAUCAGCGGUGUAGCUUCUGCCACGGCCUAAAUACUACACAGCCUACCUGUCCCACCUGUCCGCUGACGUCGCCGACACCAGGAUUUGAUUUGGGUUGAUCCACCUCCCUGAAGUGUGUCCCUCCAUCCUCUCAUCAUGGUGGACUACUACCAGGUGUUAGGCGUACGGAGAGACGUGUCUGCAGACGAAAUCAAAAAAGCGUACAGAAAGCUCGCCCUGCGGUGGCACCCUGAUAAAAACCCGGAGAACAAGGAGGAGGCUGAGAAGAAGUUCAAGGAGCUGUCGGAGGCUUAUGAAGUCCUGUCAGAUGCCGACAAAAGGUCCAUAUAUGAUCGAUAUGGGAAAGAAGGACUGACGGGUAGCAGCGGAAGAGGAGGAGGGCAUUUCCACAACGGAGACCAUUUCCACGAACCGUUCACAUUCCGAAACCCAGAGGACGUCUUCAGGGAGUUCUUCGGAGGCAGAGAUCCCUUUGCAGAUUUAUUUGGUGCAGAUCCGUUUGGUGAUGAUCCAUUUUUCAGUGGUGGCCGGCGGCACCAGAGUCGAUCCAGUCGCAAUCGGACAGGUGGUUCAUUUUAUGGGGGCUUUGUUGGUUUUCCUCCCUUUGGUGCUGGUUUCUCACCUUUCGACCCAGGCUUCGGCUCUUUUGGCUCCAUGAGCGCCAUGGGUCACAUGGGUCACAUGUCAACUAUGGGCAGUCUGGGAGGUGGAGGGUUCACCUCUUUUUCAUCCACUUCCUUUGGGGGAGGAGGGGGAGGAAGCAUGGGCAACUUCCGCUCUGUGUCGACUUCCACCAAGAUCAUCAACGGCAGAAAGAUCACAACUAAAAGAAUCGUGGAGAACGGUCAGGAGCGUGUGGAGGUGGAGGAGGACGGCCAGCUGCGGUCUUUAACCAUCAACGGUAAGGAGCAGCUGCUGCGGCUGAAACAUAAGUGAAGAGUGAAGCACCAUCUGCUGGAGAAGUGUUACCUCAGCACAAACACAACAACAAACUAGAGCUGGAACCAGAAGGAAAAAAAGCACCACAACGCUGUAAUAAAGUAGUGCUCUACUGUUGUUUGGAUGUACAAACUUAGAUUGUGUUUUUUUUCCCCUCCUGUGCUCUCUUUCUUUAUUCUGACAACGUCUCUAUGCAUUCAUCGAUGUUUCUCUGAGUUUACCUCAGCCCUGUGCUAUUGUUUCUGUGUUUGGGACCACAGUAUUGUUCUGAUGUGUAUGAACUCCUCCUGAUCUUUCCAGUACAUUCUGUAUGCACUCCACUGUGUCAGAAGAUGUGGCAUGACCCUGCUUCUUCAUCUGAACAUAAAAAAAGAAGAAAAGUGAUUUUAAAAAGGCGGGUAGAAUCCCUGAAGCCGCUCCCCCUCCUUUGUUUACUGCUCGUCUAACCUCUUCUUAGCCAUGGUUCUUUUUUUAUGAAUAAAUAUAUGAUGUUAGGAUGAGUUAUGCAAUUUUCUAUGUUCUAAACCAAUGUUUUUUUUUUUUGUUAAUUUAAUGAUGCAUGUACACUUGUUGAUGUUGAGUCUUAAUGUUAAAGCUGCAUUAUGAUGCACAAAGAAUGGAGGGCAUUCUAUAAAUCAUAUAUGAAUAUGGAAGGAAUUUUGUGUACUUUGUAAACCAAUAAACCUGAGUUUUGUCCUGUUUUCAGGAUGCCGACA